GAAUAAUCUGGAGUUGAAUAAAAUUGUAGUCAUAAAAGUAUAGUGUUUUCCGACGGUUCGUGCCAAGACUCGAUCAAAAUGAUUGCCGACGACAGCGGAAUAAAACACUUCGAUCGCAAGUUUGUGGCGUCCAACCUGCAGAAUCUUCUGCGCUGCCCAAAAUGUACAAAAUGUUUUACUUACUCGUUCAACAAGAACCAAGGAGAAGAAAGCUAUCGUCCCUUUCUACUGCCAUGCGGUCAUAGUCUCUGUGAGAGUUGCUUGUGGAGCGAUCGCCGGGAUCCGAAGUGCGCCGUGUGCCAGAGUCCAGCUCCUCCCACGAUCAUGGCCAAGAGUCCGGCCAGCAAGUCGGCCGCCAAUGUGCGCGACUACUACGAACUGAACUACCACGUGCUGGGUGAGACCAGCAGCCUCAGUUACUUCCGCCGAUUCGCCACGGACUCAGCAAACCAAUCGCUGAGCUUCAGCUCGAUCAGCGAGGAGAUUGUCCAGUCCGCCAAAUGCAGCGAGUGCGGGAAUGCCCUUGCCAGCGGAGAGUGCAGGCGGUGCAAUGCGUUCUACUGCCGCCGAUGCUUCGAUGCUGUCCACAAUCACAGUCGCGUGCUGAAGUCGCACUUUUUCCACAAGUCUACGGAUCAGGACACAAUUUCCAGCAAGGGACUGCAAGUGGGCGAUCUGUACUUCGAACUGCCGGGUCAGAACUUAUGCUUUCAGCACCGAAUGCUGAAAGAGAAGUACUGUGUGCAGUGCCACCGAUCCCACUGCCGAGGUUGCUCCACCUUAUAUCAUCACGGGCACCGCAUUCGGUCGCUGGUCGAGAUUAAUCAACGCUUUGCUUCCGAGAUUCCAACUUCUUUAAACUCACUCAACUCGGCUCUUCUAAAUGUCGCGAAUGGCAAGGAGGUGGUUCGAGCGGCUAAACAAAAACUGAGCGACUAUGCCGCCGAAACGCUAGCCAGCAUUUCCAAGCGAUUUUCCCACCUGCAUGGCCUUCUUCAGGUGGCCGAGCUGCAGGUCAUCGAGACGCUGCGCGAGUCCAGUUUGCCACCGCAAAUGAAACUCAACGAAGCCAUGGGCCAGCUGAAUGGCUACGAAUCUGUCAUCAAGCGUUUAAAAAAGACCUUGGAAAGUGGGUCCGACAACAACGUAGGCGUUCCCAGCGAUGUCUUGCUAAACUGGCUGCUCAAACUCAUUUGCGAAAGUAUCGAGAAGAUUCCAACAAGUGUGCAAGUCAGCAAGAUCGAGGAAAAUCCUUACCGCGUGACCUGUAGUAGAUUCAUGGACAUGUCCAACAUAUUCAAGUGCGAGUUUGUGGACCCUAAUAUACAAGUUUGUUUCAAGACUGACUUCGAGAGUAGUCGUUGUUAUUCAUCGUCGCCCAAAGAAGAAAACACAUUUUUUACGUCCUCCAGCAGUAGCAAGGAAAAUCUUCAGCCACUUGUAUUGACCCAAAAGUCAAAGCUAAAGACCAACCAAAUGUCACAAAGCCAAAAGAAACCGGCUAAAAAUGCCAUGGAGACCGCCCAAUCCAGUCUAAAUUCAACUGGCGCCAUUAGUGAGGAGUUUCCAGCGAAGGAUCUAGAUUUUCUCCACAACUUCUCGGCAAUGGACAUCACCAAGCCCAAUAAAACGGCUGAAGACUGCAGCGAUUGGUUCAAGACCGAUGCACUGGUUAGGGUGCGCUCCGUUCAAUCCCCGGAGGAUUUCUAUGUUCAAGGCAUCCAUGCUGCCCAGCGAUUGCGAGAGGAGCUGGAUACAUUUGCGCAGACACUUUCGGAUGGCUUUUCUGUUCCGCCGGAUGUUGUGGUGGGUCAGCACUACAUUAUCCACCAUAAGGUUCAGGACCGAUUCUAUCGCGCCAUGGUCAGCCAAAAGCUAACAACUCGAGAUUGGUUCAAAGUUUUUCUGCCGGAUAUGGGCAUUUAUUUUAAUGCUCACAGAAGCGACUUCCGUGUGGUGCCGGAACGUCUAUCCCACCUGCCGUACUCCGUCGUGCACUGCAGCCUGAGGGAGUUGAUGCCUAACCAUGGUGGAACCGAGUGGGAUACUAAAGCCAGCGCCUUCCUUAAGCAGAUAGUGCAGAACAACCCGGUGCACGUGAUCGUCAAGAAAGCUUUGACCCAUGAACUGCAUGAGGUGGACCUGAUUACCAGCAACUACAACACCAACAUCUCCGUGCGCGAUUCUUUUUUAUACUCUGGCCUGGCGCGCUCACGCGACGACCGUGGGUCAGCUAUUGGUUCUCAAUGGCUGCAGCCUGCCUCUACUACGCUUCGUAUACCCAGGAUGUCGUUCCAAUUCGGGGACGUCCACAUGAUCCAGAUGCUGCACGUGGAGGACCCGCAGGAGUUUUAUGUCAUGCGCCACGACUACGAGGAAAAGCGCUGUGUGUUGCAAGUCAGCCUGCAGGGAGCCAUGGAUCGCAUUAACAUUAGCCAGUUGCAAAACAUCUUUCUUGGACGGCUGCGUCUCGGUUGUGUGCUGCAGUCGGAUGGACAGUGGAAACGUGCUAGCAUUGAGCAGAUUCUUCCCGACGGAUAUGUUCUGGUGCGCCUUGUGGACGAAGGUCCCAGCCAGAAGGUUUUCUGGGAUCAAUUGUUUGUGCUGCCUCCGAAUUUUUGGGAUACAGGGCUAGCCAUUAAGUGCUGCCUGGCGGAUGUGGAGACCAGUGCAGAGCAUUCCUAUAUGUGGACUCCAGGAGCGACGAUCUUCUUCAAGCAGCUAACCUCGAAUCCAAAACUUUAUAUGGAAGUUAUUCGUUUGACGGAGGAUGUGGUCUAUGUGGCAUUAAAUUUUGUCCGCUCCAACUCGGAAACCACUAGUGUUGGAGUACAACUAGUGGCUCAAGGACAUUGUACCUCAAGCGGAGAGAGCAGUAGAAUGAUUAAGCCACCAGAGUCCUCACGAUCUGUACAGCUUGAUUUGGAAACGCACAAGUUUCUUGCACAGCAGAGGGACCGGCCAGUGGAACUGUCACCUUACCAAAAGCACAAUAAUACCGAGCGCAACAAACGAACUACUGUCAAUAUUCUUCACGUUCGAAAGCCGGAUGAGUUUUACGUGACCUUGCCCCAUUUCCAGCAAGCGAUCAAUACCUUGCAGAAGUUGGUGCAGGAAGCAGCUGCCGCGAUGUACCAGAAUAUGGUGCCCAGAACCAAUUGGCAGGUGGGCGAUAUGUGUUAUGCACGGGUUCAAGCCAAAUGCGAUUCGCAGGUUUUAUGGCAUCGUGCAGUCGUAACAAAAGUCAUACUACCUGGUAUUACUUGCCAAAUAGUCCGCUUCCAAGUGCAGUUAAGGGACUUGGGUGAGCUGGUCGAUGAUGUGCCCAGUUCUUCUCUAGCCAAUAUCGAUGAGGCGGACAUGCGCAUUUCAAGCAGCGCAAAGCGCUGUCAUUUACACGGAAUUCGGGCUAUUGGUGAUGAAUGGUCAAAGGACGCCAUUGAAUUCUUUAUGGAUCAGUUGCAGGCGUAUGACGAUAUCCACGUGACGGGACUCGGACAUACAGAAAACUCUUUGAGCGUUGUUCUAUGGGGCUCUCUCUCCAUAGUCAGUGGGGCGUUUUCGCCCGCUCGUAUAAAGUACGUUAAUAUCAACAAGGUUCUUCUAAUGGCGGGAAUGGCACAGAAGGAUGUCAAUUUCGAUAAUGAAGAUCAGCAAUCGAUGCCGGAAAAUGUAAGCGUCAGCUCCGCAGGAACUGAUCGCACAAAAUCCAUCGACUUUAAAGUCUGGGAAUCCUUUAUAGACAAGGUUGAUAGAAUUGUUAAGACAAAAAGCCUAAGCCCCAUUGAUUCGCCUGGGGGGAGAGUCGGCUUCGAGCACAACGAGGACAUGCCUCCGCUAGCACUGCUUGAAGACUUAGGAAAAACCAAAAAUACAACUGGUGAGACAAAACCACCCGCCGGUUGGAUUACACGACGUAAGUGCGAUAAGGCCAUUUUCACGGCCAUCGCUACCAAUGUGUCCUACGAAUGCUGCAUCUACUUGACUUUGGCCAGCGAUAAGCCCUUCAUCGAGCAUAUGCGCAAUCUGCUGGUACGGGAAUACAAGCCACUAAUCGAAAAGCAACAGGAGCGAUCCACCUCCUAUAACUACAAAGUGGGACAACCGGUGGUGGUCACCUAUCACAUGGACAACCUGAUCUACCGAGGAAUAGUGCAGCGCCUUAAAAACAAUGACGAUGAAUACACAGUCUACUACGUGGAUUACGGCAACAUGGAGCUGGUCAAGGCUGAUGAACUGCUUCCAUAUGCUCCGUUCCCGGACCUAAAUGCAAUGUGCUUUCUGGUGGAAAUUCAUGGAGUGCGGUCAAAACAAGGAAAGUAUUCUAUAAAGGAAAUGGAUACGAUCCACCGGAACUUGGUCAUGAAGAUGAGCAGUGUCCGUAUUGUGGAUGCUCAAAUAGUGGGUUCGAACAAGCUGCCCACAUGCCAGAUCAAGGUUGGCAAUGUUGACAUUGGCACCAUGAUGAUAGACUGCGGAAUGUCCGUACCAAUUGAAAAGCAGGCAAUCAAAAACAAAACCAUGUAUUUACCUUCCCAAAAAGCUCUCCAGGAGUUUAAAGUAUUUGACGAACUUGACAACCUGGCCUCCGGAGAGGGAGAACUAUCAGACGAAGAAGCGCCGCUGACCCAGCGUAAACACGAAAGCAUUUCAUCGGUUCAGCAACCACCCACGAAGAAAAAAUUCCUGGUAGAUCAUAGGGAGAUAGAAGACGCCUAUGUCGGUGAUCAGGAUUUUGAUUGCCAGCAAGCCGCACAGAAAAUGUCCCUCAACAAUAGUUUUUAUCUCAACGACUUUGGUAAAUACGCUGGUGAAACAGCCGCCGAAAAAUCUGGACUUGAUGAAUCAGAAGAUGAGUCACACUCGAAUUCCUCUGAAAAUAUGGAUAUGGAAGUUUUUGCAAACAACGAUGGCAGCCAGUUGGAGCCGCUAAAUUCUUUCGCUUCCGAUCAGUUGAAGCGCCGCAUUGCUUUGCGUCAAAAGGAAAUUAAGGAGACCAUCAGUUUUUCACCUCUGGACACCUCGUCGGUGAGGUCUUUCUACGACGGCAGUGGAAGCUUCAAGACUCUGAGCCUUCCCAAUGGAAUAAAACAGUUCCAGUGCACCGUGGACAACGUUUUAUCAGCCACGGAGUUGCAGAUCGCUCCAUGUCUUUCGGAGUUUACCAAGUACGAGAUCAGCCUGAUACAAGAGACGAGCACUUUGAUCAAGGACGCGGAACCGCUGAAGAAGCCUAGGGUAGGCAACUUAUGUCUGGCCCGCUAUUCGAGGGAUAAACAGUGGUACAGGGCCAUUAUCAAGGAGAUUCCUCCAAUUGUAUCUCCAACCAGUGAGCAAGCCACAGUAUUCUACAUUGAUUUCCAUGACACCGAAAACGUUUCGUUUAACCACCUAAAAGUUAUGCCCAGUCAGUUAUUUAUGUUUCCGUUGCGGUCUUUCCGCGUCAAAUUGCACGGCGUUAAGAAAAACAAAAAUUUUGAGGACAAAUCAGUGCGCCAGGCACUGCAGGCCUGCCUCUGCAGACACUCGCUGCUUUUCGCCCGGGUACACUAUCCUCUCAAUUAUCACGAGAACAAUGCUGACCGCUCUAAUAGCGAGUCUCUCAUCCGCGUGGAGCUAUUCGAGAACAGGCACGAAAGGAAGCUCGUGUACCAAUCUUUGUGUGAAAAUUGGAUGUUCCUCAAAAAAACCUAAAGUCUAAAGGCUAAUGUCACACAGAAUGUGAACAUUUAAAAUUUCUUUUUAUUAGU